CUCCACACUACCAUCGCGCCGCGCCGCGCGACCCUCCAGAUGCAGCAUUGAUGCGGGCCGAUCCGGAAUCAACGCAAAAAAAAAAAGCGCCUCCACACCAUCGCCGCCCCAAUCCACCCUCGCGCCUCCCCACAUACCCACCAGCGCCUCCUCUCACGCCCGCACCCACGCCCUAAAAACGCCCCGCCCCCGCCGCCACGCCGACACCGCCGCGCCGCUCCGCCGCCCCUAUCACGCCUGCCGCUGCUGCUCCGCCGCCCCUCUCACGCCUGCCGCCGCUGCUCCGCCGCCGCCCUUCAUGCCGCUCGGGAGGAGUUGCGACGGGGUCGAGCCCCUCAUCGUCGACCACCUUUCUUCGCUCGCAGCCGCCGUCGUAGCGUGCGUCGUCGUCACCAGACACCUGCGAUCAUCAUUCCCUCUGUGUCACCUCGCCGUCCGUCUGUACUACACCUCUGCCGCCGGGCAGCCGCCGUCGUAGCGUGCGUCGUCGUCACCAGUGAUCACCAUUCCCUCAGUGCCGCCUCGCCGUCCAUCCGUACUCCACCUCUGCCGCCGGGACUCAGGGCCGAACAGAUCUCCCCGGCCGCGGUCGCUCGUUCUUUUGCUGCAAAACUAAAAUGAUUUGGCCUGGUGAACCUAAAGCAGUUUUCUGAUGCAGUGUUGCUGCAAUCUGACACUAGGCGUGAUCCAUGGAGACGGUAGCACUACCCAUGCCUCGUCUCGUAUCACAGCGAACAGCUGCUUCUAUCCCUCACAAUCUCAUUCCCUAAAUUGAAGACCCUCUUGCUGCUAUAACAAAUACAAAUGGUCUCGGUUUCACUAAUAGACGGGGCAAGGGUAGAGCCAAGUCGUUAUGUGUUGUUCGAAGAAACGACGAAGAGUGUCACGGCUCUAAAGAAAACUGUGACAACUCUGAACAGAACACUCCAAUAGCUUCAAAUGGUAUGCUUCAUCAGAAUGUGUGUUUCCAAAUUUAAUUUGAUAUCCAUCUGUAUCAACCAACGGAUUUGGGCCAUGAAGUUGUGCAUCCUAUUGUCAUGCCUAAUAGUCAGCCAUUUGCGGAUGACCGCGAUGCAUCCUUCAGUACACCCAGCAAUUUGCCUAUGUGCACAGGAGCAAAAGGAUGAGAGGAACAAGAAGGACCGUGAGAGAAGAAAACGGAAGGAGGAGGAAAGUCAAGUUUUAAAUAAGUCUGCAACCAAUAGUGGUGUAGCCCCACUUGGCAAGCUUUCCAAUAUAAGUGCUGCUGAUUUAAUGACAUGCCAAUUGGAAGUGAACGAUUCUUCUACGUUGCAUAAAGAACGAAGUGAUGCUUCCCAUCUUAAUAUCACACCCAGACGUCUCCCAUUUACAAUCAUCAACAAUGUAGCUCACUAUGGUCCAAAUGAAGUUCCAAUGAGCUGCGUAAUUCAAACAACCCAAAACAGAGACGUCAAGUUGCGUAAUGCAACUCUUACACCGGAGCAGAAGCAAGCUAAGGUCGAUCGACAGAGAACAAGACGUCAAGCACUAACCAAUGAACAGAGACUAGAGAUGAAUGAUCGCCGUAGGGUUGCGAGGCAAACUCUGCCGGAUGUGGAAAUACAUGAUAUGAAUGCUCGCCAGCGAUCAAGACGACAAAGUGUUACUCCUGGAGAACGGUCUGCUCAUCUGGCACGACAUAAUGAACUGUAUGCAACUAGGCGUGACAAACCAUGCGCUCAAUCGAUUGCAUUGGAGUGCCCUGAGGAUUGUAGCUCGUCGUUCCUAAAUCCAACGCCUUCCUUUGAAACAACCGGUGAUGUGCCAGCUACAUCGAGCCUGCAAACUGAACUUGCUGCAGAUCAUCUUGCACGAUCGUCUAACUUUGAUGAUGAUAUGGAUUCCUUCAUGGAUGAUGACACCGACGAUGAACACUACAUGUUUGCUGGGCUAGGCGAUGAUGAGGAUGACGAGAUGGUACAAUCCGAUGACGAUGACACGCAAGCACUGAGCUCUUCAAUUCCUGAUCCGUUCGACUUUGUGUAUAGCAACAUCCCACAGAGCGAAAAUGUUCUGAAACCUGAGCCUGACUGUAAACACUGUGGCGCCAAGAGGUUCCAGUAUGAACCGCCGGGCUUCUGUUGUCGGGAUGGCAAGAUCAAGCUUGUAGAAAACGAAACACCACCUGAACUGAUGAGGCUCUGGACAAGCUCGGAUCCAGACGCAAAGCAUUUCCGGGAUAACAUUAGAUAUUUCAACGGCCACUUCUCAUUCACUACCCUGGGUGUAAGCCUUGACAGUGCCUUCGCAAACAUGAGUUCGGGUGUGUACACUUUUCGGGCCCACGGUCAGAUCUAUCAUAAUAUACAUUCUUUCAGUCCUAAGGAAUCCGGUCCAGAGCAUCUCGAGCUGUAUUUCUACGAUGACGAUCCAACCUUGAGUCACAGGUUCCACCGUUCCCCGAGUCUUGACUAGGAUGUAAUUAGGACUGUUGCAGACGUCCUUCGA